CCCCUUCCCUUUCCCUUUAGCCGCUGGGCCGCCGUAGCGUGUGCACGUCCCUAGGCCCAGCUCCCGUCCUAUCGCCACUCGGUGAAAUGAGUGUGCGGACCCCCCCCCCUCCCUCUAAUGGGCGCGCCCGGAGCUCCUGCCCUUGCCGUGAGCGGGGUUGGGCCGAGACCAUGCGGAACCGGAAUGCAUUACGUUGCAGUUUAUCUUCUGGCUGUUCUAGGGGGCAACGAGUCCCCUGCUUCAAAGGACUUGAAGAAGAUUCUCGGCAGUGUAGGCAUUGAGACGGAUGACGAACGCCUGAACAAGGUUAUUGGUGAACUGAACGGAAACAAUAUAGAGGAUGUCAUUGCUCAGGGUAACGGCAAACUUGCCAGCAUGCCAGUAGGUGGAGCUGUAGCAGUCUCAGCUGGACCA